AUGAAAAGAUUCCAGUUGAUCGGAAGAAGGAAUCGGUUAGUGAAAAACGCAACCCCGACGUACCCACCACUCCACCUACUCGGACUACCACUGGAGAUUAUACUGCUUGUCGUUUCCCACCUCGAUCGUCGUACAUGGCUUCUACUCGCUCUUACGUGCCAGCAGUUAUACCAGCAAGUCACCCAGAACUUCCUUUACAAAAACAUCUUCUUACCAAACCAAACCGCAGUGAUCAAGUGCUACAAGUCGCUUCUCAAGACCCCUAAAUUCAUCAAGAACAUUGCUUCCAUCACGUUUUCCAGACCCACAGAUAGCCUGGGCCCCGCGCUGGUGAAUAUUGGAAACUGUUACAACUACAGCUUAGAGAAUAUCAACGAUACGGUUGUCGAGCCGUAUGUGGAGUCGCUCUUAAAACUUACCAAGUUGUGCCAUCAGUACAAAAAGGGGGGGAAUCCGUUGAGAGUGAAUUUGAAGGAUAUUACCCCAAAGUUCCAGUUCUCCCAAAACAACAACCUUUUAACGCGCUUGGUUCAAGAGAAGGCCGACGUGACGGUAAACCCUAACCCAGGCAUCGAUGAACCGGAAUUCGAUACUCUCCUUACCUCUCCAGACGUUUCGCUCACCUCGGAGACUGGCUGGCAUAUCCCGAUGAGGGGAAACUUGCUCUGGCCGUUUGGCGUAGUCAAAAAGCUUACCUUGCAGCAGAUGAUUUUGGAUAACGAGUCGUUGGUAAAAAAAAGUAACAUGGCGUUGGUAAACAAAGAGCACCAGUUGUUCAACACUUCCAUUGUUUUGUGCAAGGACCAUAUCCACCAUCACAGCUCGAACGAAGGAGCUGCCAUUGAUGGAAGACGGAAAGAGAGAAAUUUGUCAGAGACAGUUAAGAGCGAAAAUCUAGCGUCCACCAGAUCUCCGUCACCAGUUAGUAGGUCGACCAGUAUCUUGCUGUCGUUCCGGAAAUCCAUCCAAGCUUCCAGUGCCGGGUCCGCCAUUUCUCCCGUCCCAACGAUAAUGAGCCCUCCUCGAAACGGCGUCGGACUCCCUACCACUUCCAUCUCCAGAAGGUACUCAGGCUCUGGCAGAAGUAAACCUAAUACUGAUGAGUACUACUCACCGAUCGAAGAGUUGGUUCUUGAGGCAUGCAUGAUCAAGAUCACGAAGUUUGCUCUCAUCGAUCAGUACUUCAAGAACUGCCACACAUUGAGACUCUACAGACUCAAGCAGAUCCAGGACUUGGUAAUUGUGUCGAGUUUCAAAGAAUUAGUAUGUUUGGAUAUUGACUUAGGAUCGUGGUUCUUCUACCAACCGGCAAAGGUAGCGGGUAAUACUCCUAGGAAAGUGGGAUGCACGGGCUGUAUCGACCACGAUGGGUUCUUAAUCAAUUACGACAGGUUUGGGAACUUUCUUAAGCACUUAUGUCAGCGAAACCGGAACCUCAAAGAGAUUGUGUUUACAGGCGUUGGGUUUCUCUCCUCGAAGGUGUUAAGGCUUCCUGUCAAGCCACCGCCCGUUGCUGCUGUUGCCCCUGAACCAACCCACAACCCCGUGGAGGCUGCUAUUAUCGCGUCUACGGCCGAGGAGACCGUCGUAAUUGAAGACCCAAACGAAAUCGUUCUGCACAACUUGUACAGAUUCAUCACCAUGCUUUCUCAGUUCAAACACGUGGAGUUGAGACCGAACUCACAGAGAUCACGGGCAGCUACCCACGAAUUCUACUAUAAUGUCACCUGGGUGUCUGCCAAUCCCGAUGGUGUCAAAGAACGCCAAGUUGUCGGCUGGAACAACACCUGGCCCUUGCCAAACCUCGAAGUCACCACCGGAGAUCGUGUUAUCGUCCACUUGACUAACGGCUUGGGCAACUGGAACACGUCUUUGCACUUCCACGGUUUGUUCCAGACCGGCACCAACCAGAUGGAUGGCCCAGAGAUGAUUACCCAAUGUCCUAUCGUUCCCGGUGAUACCAUGGUGUACAACUUUACGGUCCCGAACCAGGCGGGCACCUACUGGUACCACUCACACACCUCGGGCCAGUACGGCGAUGGUUUCAGGGGAGCGUUUAUUAUCCACGACACGAAGCCACUCCCCUUCGAUUAUGAUGAGGAACUUGUCUUGACCAUCUCCGAAUGGUACCAUGACGACUUCUUCACCUUGAAACCCAAGUUUUUGAACCUUUACAACCCGACGGGGGCGGAGCCGAUCCCACAGAACGUGUUGUGGAAUGACACCCGGAACGGGACAUGGAAGGUGGAACCAGGGAAGACGUACUUGUUGAGAAUCAUCAACGUCGGUGGCUUUGUAUCCCAGUACUUGUACAUGGAGGAUCACAGUUUCACCGUUGUCGAGGUGGACGGGGUGUACGUUGAAAAGAACGUUACCGACAUGAUCUACAUCACCAGUGCCCAGAGGUACUCUGCCUUGAUUACCAUGAAGAACGACACCUCCAGGAACUAUGCGUUUAUGCAGGGUAUUGAUACCGUUAUGUUAGACACCCAGCCAAAGGACUUGGUGGUCAAUGGUACCAACUGGAUUGUGUACAACGAGGACGCUGAGAUGCCCGGACCGUACAUAGUGGAUUCGUAUGACAUUCUUGAUGACUUUUACUUGCAGCCGGUUGAAAAGGAGGAAAUCUUGGGGGACCCUGAUUACCGGAUUACCGUUGACGUCAUUAUGGACAACUUGGGAAAUGGUAUCAACUACGCUUUCUUCAACAACAUCUCGUUUACUUCACCAAAGCUUCCGGUGUUGGCAUCUGUUAUGAGUAGCGGUAAUUUGUCUACGAAUGCUGCUAUAUACGGGUCUAAUACCAACUCCUUUGUUUUAGCGAAGGAUGAAAUUGUUGAAAUUGUCUUGAACAACCAGGAUACCGGUAAGCAUCCGUUCCAUUUACACGGCCACACCUUCCAAGCGAUUGAAAGAGGACCUAGCUAUCUCAACGCGGAUGUGCCCGUGCCUUGGGACCCAAGUGCCCCCUAUGAUGCCCCUGAGUACCCGAUGAGAAGAGACGUGUUUUAUGCCAGGUCGCAAUCCUACUUCCGCAUUAGGUUUAAGGCCAACAACCCAGGGGUUUGGUUUUUCCAUUGUCACAUCGAAUGGCACUUGCUCCAAGGGUUGGCUCUUGUCUUGAUCGAAGAUCCUUUGGGGAUCCAGGAAAACCAAACCUUGAGUGACAAUUGGUUGUCUAUUUGUGAGGCUGCCAGUAUUCCAACCGAGGGGAAUGCGGCUGCUAAUAAAGUGGAUUAUCUUGAUUUAUCGGGCGAGAAUCGCCAGUUUAAAGCAUUGCCAGCUGGCUUCACCGCCAAGGGGAUUGUGGCCUUGGUGUUUUCUUGUAUCUCCGGAUUUUUGGGGGUUAUUGCUAUCGCGAUUUAUGGUAUGGCUGACAUUUCAGAUAUCGAGGCGAGAACUGCCCAAGGGCUAAACAUUGAUUUAGCGGAGGAGGAGGAAGAAGAAGAAAGCAACGUUGAGGUUUCGACAAACACUUCAAAGUGA